AUGGUUACACAACAAUGCUUACAAUUCGUUCAUUAUUCAUCGAGUUCAACGUGUGUCGUAGUUCCCGCGUCGAGUUGGUCGCACGAAAUUCAUACACCUCUCCACUGCUUUUCUUUGUACCUUCAACUUUAUCAUUCUUUCAGUCAACUCCGUCUAAGCAAUUGGAAUUUUCUACAUUUGAUCAUGAGAGUCACGUGGGCUAAGAAAAUCUUCAAUCAAUUUUCAGCACAAUGUCUUAUUCACAAAGGUAACUUCACCACUUCGGCAACAUUUGGACCCAGUAAUCCCAAGUUUCCAAUUAUUUCUAACAAUUUCACGGAUGAGCUCAAAUUUACCAAUGCGACUUCAUAUGGCUCUAUUCCAAUAUAUCGAAUAUUGGGCUCUGCCACUGAGGAUGAAGCAAUGGCGAAUAUCGAGCUGGAAGAGGCGAAAUAUAUAAAAAUGUACAAGGACAUGGUAACAAUUACUGUAAUGGAUAAAAUACUUUAUGAAUCUCAACGGCAAGGCCGCAUAUCGUUCUACAUGACUAAUUCUGGUGAAGAGACUGUUCAAAUUGGAACUGCAGCAGCUUUGAGUCUAAACGAUGUUGUUUACGCACAAUAUCGGGAGGCUGGUGUACUGCUCUGGCGGGGUUUUAAAUUAAAACAAUUCAUGAACCAGUGCUACGGAAACUGUGAGGAUAUUGGAAAAGGAAAACAGAUGCCAGUUCACUACGGAUCUAAAGAAUUGAACUUCGUUACUAUAUCAUCGCCACUAACGACUCAAUUACCGCAGGCCGUUGGAGCAGCGUACGCAUUGAAACUUGCACAUUCGGACCGUUGUGUUGCCGUUUAUUUCGGAGAAGGUGCAGCUAGUGAAGGAGACGCGCACGCCGCUUUCAAUUUCGCAGCUACUCUCGAUUGUCCCGUUAUAUUUAUAUGUCGGAACAAUGGAUAUGCAAUUUCCACUCCAGCUCGUGAGCAGUACAAGGGAGAUGGUAUCGCGGCCAAAGGACCUGCGUACGGUAUUAACACAAUUAGAGUCGAUGGAAACGAUAUAUUUGCAGUACACAACGCCACGCGUGCAGCGAAAGAGUGGACUUUGGCAAACGGAAAGCCUGUGCUAAUCGAAGCAAUGUCAUAUCGAAUUGGUCAUCACAGUACCUCUGAUGACAGUUCUGCGUAUCGAUCAGUGAGCGAGAUUGCCGAAUGGGAAAAACUGCAACCGAUCGCAAGAUUUCGCCAGUGCCUAGAAAAAUAUGGAUUGUGGUCUGAGGAGCAGGAAAAAGAAUUCGUAUCGUCGAUCAAAAAGCAGAUACUAUCGGAUUUUGCAGCGGCCGAAAAGAACGUAAAACCCAACUGGAAGGAGGUGUUCACUGACGUGUACUACAACAUGCCAGAUCAUAUUAAGAAACAAUCGGAAGCGAUGGCAAAGCACGUCGACCAGUACAAAGAACAUUAUCCAGUAGAUCUUUACAAGCAACAGUGAAUCAGGUUUAAAAUAAUUCCAAUCCCGAAAACAAAUAUCGAUCUUUACUUACGUACCUUCAUUUUUGGGAAUCUGAAAACUUUUUCUGUACUUUUGAAAAUAUAUAUAUAAUUUAAUCAACAA